CUUGAUCAAGUCACCCGCCAACGGAGCCUGACCAGCCUGGAGCUGUUCCUGUCCUGUGCCCAGAAGCAGUUGAGUGCUCUCAUCGCUACGGAGCCUGUUGACAUUGAAUAGAGACACACUGACCAACCUGUCCCUAUCAUUAAGCCUGCCUACUCUGAAGCUGUUCAUCUCCUGUGCCUGGAAGCAGCUGAGUGUUCUAAGGGCCACGGAGCCUGGUAGUGUUGAAUAAAGGGAACAAGACAGGCUACCUUUACCCUGGCCAUUGUGUCAAUCAAUCAGUAGACUUCUAGUAGAUGCCAUGACUUAGAAAGAUGCUUUUGAUUUCUGUUUCAACUUGGAGAGUUGGUUUCCAGGUCAAGGAUGAGCCAAAGCAGUUAUCUAGAAGAACCAUCACUGGAUCUAACUUAUUCUCUAUUAUUUUAUUGGAAGUAGCAAUGGAAGAAUACAUAUGGCCCAAAGUCAUGAAAAAGUGGUUGUUAUCCACAGUUCGUGGGGUAAACAGUACAGCUUCAAGUGGCCUGGUGAACACUACCUGGUAAAGGAUUACCUCUCGACUGCCUCAUUGUGAUUGGUGGGACAAUACCACUAUGUAACCACACAUCUAUGUUUCUAAGUAGAGUGGAUAGAAACACUGACUGACAUGGCCAUCGUUGUGACUAACCUGGUCGCUUCUCUAAAGGUCAAUCUGCGUGUUUUUGUUACUUGAUCAAAAGUAAACAAUGCUAGCUGACCAGGCUUUGAGUUGAUGCCCUGUUUAACCCCGGGUUGCGUGGCACAGUGUUCUUGCUUCCUGCUCUUCUUCAGAGGCUCUGUAAAUCAUUUUUCACAAUCUAAUCUCUAGAAAGAACAUAACUUGGAUUUCUAAUCUAUGGGGAUUUAAUCAAGUAUUAGACAUAUGGGGUCAUCGGGAUGUUAAUUCAUGAGCAGUGUGCUCCAAUGUGAAAUCACCACGAGCAAUUUCACCGUCAGAACUGACCACAGUGUACCUAUGCGGAUGCUGUGUCUCUACCCUCAUUGCUUCUGCCUUCAGGGUCUAUGUAUUUCUCUGGGAUUUCUCAGUAUAAUAAAGAAACUCCAAAAAGA